AUGACCGACGAGGAACAAGGCAUCCAGCGCCCGGCGCAAACCUACCAGACCCCCGACUGGGAGACCCCCAUGGCCAACAAGCGUCGCUCGUUCUUUGAUCGCUUCGCUCCAGCGACGACUGGCCACCAACGCGACAAUAGCAACACUGCUGCUCCCACGGCGACGAACGAAGGUGGCUUCGCGAAAGAGGAUACCCAACGCUCAGAUGAUCACGCCCAUCUGACCGCUCCUACCACCGGCGCGGCGGCCGCUACAGGCGCAACGACAGCAUCCAAGGCCCAUCCCUCCCUAGCAGCUCGCUUCGAUGCUCUGCUCCCGCCACAAAAGACCUACUCUGGCCUUUCUCGAAAGCGAUUCCUUCUCUUCGUUGUCUUGCCCCUAGCGGUCUUGCUCCUGCUCAUCCUCCCUCUAGCCCUCGGCCUCGGUCUCUCUAAGCGUGGCGGAGGAAAGCAAGAUUUACCGCUUCCGAACAACCAAGACGUUCACACCGGUGACCUCACGUACUAUGCUCCCGGGCUCGGCGCCUGCGGAAAGACGAGCAGCGACAGCGACAUGAUUGUCUCGGUUUCGCACUAUCUGUGGGACGACGUGCAGAGCGGCGGCAAUCCGAACAAUAACCCGCUAUGCGGCAAGAAGAUCCGCGUCCGGCGUGAUGGCGAGGGAUCGGUGGAUGUCACCGUUGUGGAUCGAUGUACCGGCUGCGCGCCGACCGAUCUCGAUUUAAGCCCCGCGGUUUUCAACAAAUUGGCCAAUAAGGACGAAGGCAGGGUCACUGGCACUUGGAGUUGGUUGGACUGA